AUGAGAAUGCGGGAUUGCGUCUGUGCGGCUCUGCUAAUUAGUUUACUAAGGCUCAGUCAGACAUUCCCAUCGGUACAGUAAGUUGUUCAGAAGCGAUUGCACAGACGGGAACUGUUAAUCAUUUACUUCUGUGAUAACUGUGAUUAGCUCGGACGAACAUUGUCGUUAAUAUAUCGAGUCACCGGCACAAUGGAUGAUAUUCAACUUAGCAAGGAUCAAAUUGAACAAUUAAAAAUGGGAUUCGACGCGUUCGAUCCCGAAAAGAAAGGUAACAUCACCAACGACACGGUCGGCACCAUUUUCGGAAUGAUGGGUAUGAAAAUUCCAACGGAGCAACUGCAAGCGGUUAUCACUGAAUUCGACCCAUUCGACUCCGGGGAACUUAGCUUUCAAGAUUUUUGUGCCUUGGCUUCCCGAUUCAUGGAGGAGGACACUGACACGGAGGCGAUGCAGCAAGAGUUACGCGAAGCAUUCCGCUUGUACGAUAAAGAGGGAAACGGUUAUAUCACCACCGACGUAUUCAGAGACAUUCUUCACGAACUAGAUGAUGCACUGUCCCCCGACGAGUUGGACAUGAUCAUCGAUGAAGUGGAUGCUGAUGGUUCAGGAACGGUCGAUUUCGAAGAAUUCAUGGAGGUCAUGACAGGCUAAAUUAUCACGUUGGCACGAAGCGAUCGUCCCUCGUGUUGGUCACCACGAGAACGCAUGCAAACGACGAUACCGCCUGGUUCUACACACGUGGAGGAUGCGAUUUAUCGAGACACUGUUGGCAAAGUAUGAAGUUAAAAGGUUCGUAGGUGAUGUCUGUUAGGGAGGAGCAGCGAAUAGAUAUAGCUGAGAAAGUAUUUCUGCCGGGUGGGUCGCUUUUGGACUCACAAUCGGCUAAAAUGUAUUUCUAUCCAUGCCGGGAUUAAGCGGACCCGAGACUAGCGGGUGCUCUAGCGAGGCACGCUUUCUAGAAACACAUUUAUGUCGAUCGAUAGAAAUCGACGUUUCCAAGUAAUUAUCAUCGUGCGAAGUAGUUUCUGGUCUGUUCAUUAUGCGCUGAUUAGAUUGAGAUCGUGCGAAGUUUAACGAAAUCGAAUUGGGUAUUAUCUGUAUGGUGAGAAAUGAAGGUUCGCAAGCUUCGUACUUUGCCCGCAAAAUUUACCAUCAUUUGUAACCGCCAUGAUACUCACACACCGUUGUAAUUGUAAAAUUGUACAUUUAAGUCGACAUAACAUAACUUGCACAUAAGAGAUUACACGCGUUGUAAUAAAAGUACAAAAAAAUAGCAA